CCAGGGAUUGCCAUGUGAGCUAAUUACUAGAGCGUUGGAUCGAGAGCUGGGAAUGGUGGUUGAGGUGAGCUCCGCACUAAGCUUCGCCCCCAGAUUUGCAACUGUAGCUGUCAAAUAAGGCCCGCAUCUCAUGAGAAUUUGUGAAUUCGGGUCAUUGCUACUUGGUUUGGCGGGGCCUGAAUAAAGUGCAAAGUGGAUAUGAAUUCAGUUUUCCAAACCCACUCUCAGGCUUAUGUUAUUUGAGAGGCUCCAUGCAGGUACUUUGCGGCUGACCGAAAAGCUCCGAAUUCCUACGAACACGGACUUGAAUCAUAAACCAAAGUUCAUGUCACCGGACUUGGUACUUCGUGUAAUUAUAUAAGGAAGGCUAUUGCUGUCACGCACCUGUUCUUUAGGACAACACGACUGCUGAAACGACGGUAGAAAGUCCGAAUCGCCUAACCACAGCAAGAAUUCCCAGCACACAGGUUCCUCAUGGCCAUGGCGACAUUCAUGUCGUACCUCAACAUCGAGGGCGACUCGGUCGUUACUGGUCCCGUGCCACUUGACCCCUUCCUCCCCAACUCUGCCAAUCUCUUCCCAAAGAUGAUCAACCGUAUAAACGACUCAGCAUGGGAGUUGUGGGAGUUCGAUGCCUUCUCUUCGGACGGUGAGACCGCUGUCUCAGUUUCCUUCUACCGAGAUGCACGCGGUAUCAAGGAGGGAGGCUUCCACGUAGACCUUAACGCCAUCUGGCCCGACGGCAGCAAAUGGGGCGAAGAGCUCUACUUCCCCGAGUCUAUCAUUACAGCCGAGGCGGAUCUGUCGAGCGCUACCGUGCAAUUCUCUGUACCCGAACGCGUAAACGGGACCAUCGAGCUAUCCUCUCAGGGAAAUGGACGGGAAUCACGCUUGCCAGGGACUGAGGACUCGGCGAAGCUGGGCCCGGCUGUAUAUUAUAUGUUUCCUAUGGGACCAGCGGACGCCAAGGCGGACUUGGCCUUUGGAGUAGAUGAUGAAAACGGGGUUGUUUACGAGCGGAAGCUUCUCGUACAUGCCGACAACGGCGCCCGUGGCAGCAUGGUUCGGGGCUGGUCCGCCGUCGCGUGGCCGGGAAUUAUGACAGACGCCUAUUACCUGUCCGCCGUCGCUGGACCGUAUAUGCUGCAGCUGAUACGUAUUGUGUCGUCGGCGGCUACCGAUUUCACGCCAUAUGUCGUCGCCAGACUCUACCGAAACGAGAAGUUGUUGUGCGCUGCGCAGCAGCUUGUUGACGCUCAGUCAUCGAAAAAUGGCGUGCUCGCGGCGGAUGCCGUUGUUGUUGAAAAGGUGUUGGAAGGGGAUCGGGGGCUGACUGGAGCGUUUCGAGACAAGAACAGGGGUUAUGUAGUCGAAUUCGUUGAGGGCGCCAAGGGUGGCAUGCGGGAAGAAGGAAAGCGAUGGCGUUUCGAGACGAGCCACAAACUUGCAUGGUGGAGCGAGCCAACAAGCGCCCCUGGCCCGCAGGGCACAGGAAAGUCCGGGUUCAUUGAGGCCGUGUUCGGGGGGUCAGGUCGUCACAGAUUCGGAGAUUCGGAUGGUGAAAUGACAUUCGAAGGGGCCGGGGUUGCUGGCCAGCUUCAACUGCAGUAG